GUUGGUUCUUAAUAAAUGUAUUCAAGGUGCAGUUUUUAGAGUUUGAACUUUUGAAUGUCUUCUCAACUAAUUCUGCCCUGGCAUUACAGGCGAGGCCACUGCUUACACGAGCCCUGGAUGACAAAAACUUUGACAGUCUGGCUGAUCCAAGACUUCAAAACAAAUAUAACCACAAUGAGAUGGCACGCAUGGUUACCUGUGCUGCUGCUUGCGUGCGACAUUCAUCAAGAAUUCGGCCACGAAUGAGCCAGAUAGUCCGUGCUCUAGAAGGAGAGGCAUCUCUGUCUGACCUCAAUGAAGGAAUCAUACCUGGACACAGCAGCAUCUACAGUCACGGUACUCCAGAUUAUGACGCCAACCAGUACAAUGAAGACAUGAAAAAGCACAGGAAAAUGGCAUUGGGAAGCACAGAACACGGUGCUAGCAGUGAGUACAGCAACCCGACCAGCGAAAAUGGCCUGUAUCCUUCCGGGUCUAGUAGCGAAGGCCAAGCCAUCCGGCAAACGGAAAUGGGAAAGAUGAAGAACAACCAAGGUUCCAGUGGAAGUUAUAAUUUGUAAAGAUCCAGCCAUCCCAUUUUCAAUUUGAUUGCGAGAACAAAUUGUUUUCAAUCAAGAUUAACACCACGC